AUGGCGGCGGCCUGCCCGGGCGGGGCGGGGGCCUCGCGUUGGGCCUGGCGCCCGGUGGCCCAGGACGCGCUGCUGGCGCGGGCCUUUCAUUCUUGUACCGAGCUGCGGGGCCGGCUCUAUGUGGUGGGGGGUCUCCUGACUGGCGGGGCAACGGAGCCGAGCGGUGACACGGUGGUCUUGGACGUGGCGGGGGGCCUGGCCGUGCGAGACGGGGCGCGGGCUGGCCCGAGGCGCAGCCAUCACGACGCGGCGGCGCUGCACGGGCGCUGGCUAUGCGUCGUAGGCGGCUGGGAUGGAGCGCGCCGCUUGGCUUCGGUGGCCGCGCUGGACACGGAGCGUGGGGAGUGGGAGGUGUGGACCCCAGCGCCCGGCAGCCGCCCCCCCGUGGGCCUCAGCGGCCACACCUGCACCCGCCUCUCAGAUCGCGAGCUGCGGGUGGCCGGCCGGGAGGGCGGGACGCGCACCCAGCGCCGCUACGGCAGCAUCUACUCGCUGAGGCUCGACCCCAGCGCCCGCACUUACUGCUACGCGGAAGAAGGCUGCCACUCCGCCUCCCGCUCGGGGCACUGCGCCGCCCUGCUCCCGACCCCCGGGCCCCGCCCCGGUCACCAGCUCCUGCUCUUUGGCGGCUGCAGCUCAGCUGACCCAGAAGUCGCUGGGCAGUGGAGUCGCGGAAAGAUCAAGGAGGAGCCGCCCGAGGCUCCCCGUUUGAUGGAACAGCUGGGAAAGCUUGUGAGUAGCGGGCAGGGGUCCCGGCAGGGGCCCAGGGGACUUCGGCAUCACUCCUGUUCCGUGGUUGGGCCCUUUGCUGUGCUGUUCGGUGGAGAAACUCUGACCAGAGCCAGAGACGCCGUCUGCAACGACCUCUAUGUCUACGACACGCGCUCGUCCCCGGCCCUGUGGUUCCGCUUCCCCUGUGCGGACCGAGCAGUGAAGCGUGUGGGCCACCGGACCUGCCUUUGGAACGACCAGCUGUACCUGGUGGGGGGUUUUGGCGAGGACGGCCGGACAGCCAGCCCGCAGGCUUGCGUCCUGGACCUCUUCCUCUAAGGCGCGGCGCCAAGGACACCCAGUCGACCCUGUGCUCUGCUGUGAACUCACGGAGCCUUAUUACUGGAGCUGCCCACCUCCCGUCAAAUGCCUAUUAAAGUGCAACCUAAGGGUGGGAAUUUGUCUGAAUCCUUGGGGUCAGGGCAGGAAACAGCAGGCACAUCCUGCGUGUCGGGGAAAGCGGAGAACA